GCUGAGGCAGCAUAAAGCGGAAACCUGAGUUUGAAGAAUUGCAAAACCGAAGAGACGAUAUGAGCAGCAUCGGAACAGGAUACGAUCUCUCCGUCACCACCUUCUCGCCGGAUGGCCGGGUUUUCCAGAUCGAGUACGCAGCUAAAGCCGUCGAUAACAGCGGUGCCUAUGGUGAACCUAUUCCUGUGAAGGAACUUGCUGAACGUGUAGCAAGUUAUGUGCACUUAUGCACACUCUACUGGUGGCUCAGGCCUUUUGGAUGUGGGGUAAUUCUUGGAGGUUAUGAUAGAGAGGGACCUCAAUUAUAUAUGGUCGAACCAUCUGGCAUCUCAUAUAGGUACUUUGGUGCUGCAAUUGGGAAGGGAAAGCAAGCAGCGAAAACAGAAAUUGAAAAGUUGAAGCUCUCUGAAAUGACAUGCAGAGAGGGAGUUAUUGAAGUUGCCAAAAUCAUCUACAAGGUACAUGAUGAGGCGAAGGACAAGGCCUUUGAAUUGGAAAUGAGUUGGGUCUGUGAUGAGUCCAAGAAACAACAUGAAAAGGUUCCUGACGCACUGUUAGAGGAAGCAAAGGCUGCUGCUAGAGCUUCGCUGGAAGAAAUGGAUGCUGAUUAAGUUUUACUGAGAGCUUGUAAUCCUUAUGUUUUGAUCUCCUAAUCUUCACAUAUUUCCCGUUGUCAAGAAACUGAUGCUGAUGGUUUUAUGUAUGAAUGAAUUCAUUGCUCAAACUCGUUUCUGCAUAUUAUAUUUAUCUCUUUGUUUUAGGAAUGUACCAGGAAUUUUGACUCAGAUCCAAUAUCAAGAGUCAUCAGCAAAACAAACAUAGAUAUUGUUC